CUAAAAAUGUAUUCUAACCUAGACUUCUUAGGUUUAUUAUGUAUAGAUGAAUGCUUAGCAAUCGUGCAGUUUAAUUCAGCAGAAUUAAUAUAGCUCGGCGUGCCUUGUCCUUCCGCAGCCUUGGAAGAACGGAAGGAAGGAACCACAUCAUUUUUUCUUCUUCAGCAGAGUAGACGAAUCUUGUACGGCCUCUUUACAUUGACAUCGCCUUACUAAUCAGCGGCCCUGCUUGGGAAUGUUGAUAUCGGCUUGAAGGUGGAAAGAAGCCCUCGGGAAGUUAAUACAUCAUGGAAAUCUCGCUUUCCCUUCCGAGUAUUAAAGAUAAGGAGGAGGAGGAUGAGGAAAUAGCAAAGCAACUAGCAAAAGCCAUAAAAGUCUGUUUAUCUGAAGUCCCAAAUAAACAGAAUACAUCACAUGGUAAACACAUGGGAGGCAUUGUUACUACAUUCAAAAUUAAGGGAUCCAAUGCAGCGAAGGACAAUACUGCACAAUUGGAAAUCCCUAAAGAGAAAUGUCUAUCAAUGACAGGACCAGAUGAAUCAAAGUCUUGGACACCUGAAAUACAUUUCGCUUCAUCUAGCAUAAGAAGUAAGUAUGAUUCAGAAAAAAAUAGUAAUAAGUCAGCUCAAGGACUUGAUAAAUGUGUGAUAGAAGCGUCGGCAUGGAAAAUUGAAAAGCAGCUCCAAGAUGGACUUGUGGUUCCACCAACAAAUCCAAAAAAACUGAAUCAGUUAAUCCGGAAGCAAGUCAAAGACACAUUAGGCACUAAAUGGUUUGAUAUGCCAGCACAGAUCAUCACUUCCGAAUUGAAGAAGGAUCUUCAAUUAUUGAAGUUGAGAAAUGUCAUCGAUCCUAAAAGACAUUACAAGGCGGAUGAUUCCAAAGGCCUCCCUAAGUAUUUCCAGGUGGGGACUGUCAUAGAACCUGCUACAGAAUUCUACUCGGCAAGGUUGACAAAGAAAGAACACAAGCCAACUAUUGCAGAUGAACUGCUUUCUAAUCCUGAUCUUAGUCGAUACAGGAAACGCAAGAAUGCAGAGUUUGACAAUCAGCAGAACACUGUUUCCAGGAAAGGUCGGAAGACGAAAAAACAUUCUCGUAAGCAUGGAAGAUAAUUUUGUCGAUUGCUUAGUCCAAAAUAAUAUUUUCAUUUUUAGUGCAUCUUAUAGCAAAGAAUACAUACCCUAUUAUUAUGGGCAUUGUAAAUGUUUAAUAUGCAAUUAGAUCCGUUUUGUAGCAUCAACUUUAGUGUUAUAAAGUAUUUUGAAAUGUUGAAAAUUUGGAAUUUUGGAAACAAUAGUGUAUGUGAGUAUGGGAAUAAAAUUUCAUCUUUGUCCUAAAUAUAAA